AGACAAACCCAACUCAACCAUUAAGGCAUAAACUGUUUAUGAAAUAACUCUCUCUCUCUCUCUCUCUCUCAUUUCCUCUUCAGAGUUGCCCGUUAUGACCCACCGGAAAGCCAGACAGUCUUGAUUUUCCAUCAAGCUUUAAUUUCACCUCCAUGCAAUAUUCUUUGAUUGCACCGCGCCAUGUGGGUAUAUAUAUAUUUGGAAUGCUCGCUGUGUCACCUUUAAGAUGUUCCAACGAUGAAAGGCAAGGGGAGAUGGAGAGUUGUCCAGAUGGGGUUGGUGACUUCUCGGACGUAUUUCCUGGCGGAAACUUGCUGGAUGGUAUCGAUUUCGAUGAUCUUUUCGUCGGCAUCGAGGACGGAGAUGUGUUGCCAGAUUUGGAGAUGGACCCAGAAUUGCUGGCCGAGUUUUCGGUCAGUGGCUGCAGUGGCGGUGAGGAAUCAGCUGAGAAGAAUGCAUCAGCAUCAGUUGGGAAGGUAGAAGGGAAUGAUAGUGGAAGAAGAGAGGACGAAGAAGAAGGCAAAAGUUGGGCUUCUGGUUUGGUUUCAAGUUCAUGUCAAACCGAAGAAAAUCAGGAAAUUUUGAGUAAGAGAGAAGAAGCGGUUGCUGUAAAUCCACCCCCAAAAGUAGCUGAUAAAGGCCGCAAAUCAUCGACGCAGCCGAAAGCUUCCCAAGGGAAGCGGAAAGUGAAGGUCGACUGGACUCCAGACCUGCACAGGCGGUUCGUUCAAGCAGUGGAGCAGCUAGGGGUGGAUAAGGCAGUCCCUUCAAGGAUUUUGGAGGUCAUGGGAAUCGACUGUCUUACUCGCCACAACAUUGCUAGUCACCUUCAAAAAUAUCGAUCACAUCGGAAACAUUUGCUAGCACGGGAGGCGGAGGCGGCGAGCUGGAGCCAGAGACGGCAAAUGCACGGUGGCGCGGGAGGAGGGAGUAAGAGAGAUCAUAUGAACCCUUGGCUGAAGCAUGUACCCACCAUGGGCUUCCCUCCUCCUACCCCUCUGCAGCCUUUCAGGCCCUUGCAUGUCUGGGGACAUCCAAGUCCAACCGUUGAUCACUCCGUAAUGCACAUGUGGCCGAAACAUCUAGUUCCUUCACCGCCUCCGCCGUGGGCACCACCACCUCCAGAUCCUUAUUGGCAUCCCCACCACCAACGGGUUCCAACAGCUCUUGCACCAGGGACUCCUUGCUUCCAACAGCCGCUAGCAACAACGAGGUUUCCAACUCCUCCUGUCCGGGGCAUUCCACCACAUCCCCAUGCCAUGUACAAACUAGACAAAGGCAGUGGUUUCCCAACUGCCCAAUCAGAUUACUCCCAUCAUCCACUUGACCUUCAUCCGUCAAAGGAGAGCAUAGAUGCAGCUAUUGGAGAUAUUCUGUCAAAGCCAUGGCAGCCACUUCCCAUUGGGCUAAAGCCUCCAUCUCUUGAUAGUGUGUUGGUGGAACUACAACUUCAAGGAAUUUCUAAAAUUCCACCAAAUUGUGCUUGAUAUCUUGUAGCAUCCAUAUCCAAUAGGUGGGUGCCAUGGUGAUUUUAGCCCGAACCCCAAAUUUGACGACAUGCCUUUCUUGUAGAUGUACCCUUCUGAUCCCAGUGUUUUUUUUUUUUUUUUUUUUCUAAUUCUCUAUCAAGAACCAAUUUUUAGUUAACAUGAUAAUGGAUCGAUGAAAUGAAAAGGCCGAAAUUUUUGUAAUGGUUGUAUGAGAUUAUUAAUAAUGGUGAAUAUAUCUAUUUUCUUGGUUU